AUGGCCGGGGACGCAGCUCUGGCGCGGAGCUCGGCCGUCGGCGCCUGGAUUCCGGCCGACGAUGUUUUGCUCAAGAACGCCGUUGAGGCUGGUGCUUCCUUGGAAUCACUUGCUAAAGGCGCAGUUCAUUUUUCUCGAAGGUUUACUGUGCAAGAACUGCAAGAUCGGUGGUACUCUAUCUUGUAUGAUCCAGUUGUGGCUGAAGAAGCUUCUGCUCGCAUGGCUGAGUUUGAGUUUGCCACUCCAAAUUUUGCAUCAAAGUUUAGUAGGGUAGGAUGUUCAAAAGAAAACAAAUGUGCACCUGGAAAGAGAAAAGCUGAAAGUGUUCGGAGUAGUUACUCUGCUCUGCGUAAAAGGAUCUGCAGCGAGCCAUUUGACUCCAUGGACCUCAGUUUUAUACUUGCACCCAGCGAUAGUAACUAUAUUGUAAAUGGAGAUGAGCCUCUCUCUGAACAUGUCAUGACUGGAGAUCCAAUCGCACAUAAUUUUGGACUUGACGGAUCAGAUAUGGAUAAUACUAUGCAUCAGACAUUUCCACAAGAUCUGAUGCAUGACAGCACUGUAAUUGGUGGUAUUGAAACUGCGGAUACAUUUGGAGGACUGCAGAAGCCCACUGAAGAAGAUUUUUUAGUUGAACAAGAUAAUCUACAUGAAGAAGUUCCCUAUAUCGAAGACAAUCUGCCAAUCACAGGGAAUGGAUCUGAGGUCAAUGAAUUCGGUCAACCAAAGGAUUUGCUGGAUUGCAGCAUGUUCAGUGCCGGUAAUUCAGGAAUGGAACCUCCGUGUUCGCUUGAUCAAAUUAAUAAUGACGGGGUACAUUUGUGUUCCCCAUUUGAAGGGAAUCAGGUUUUAAAUGUAACUGCUUCAGAAAGCACUGCAUCAUUUCAUGACUUGGAGUAUUCAACUCAACUUCCUGAAUCACAUAUCUGGAGCACAGUUCCAGCAACAUCCGUGCCGGUUGAUAUUGGCCCCAGAGAGAAUGAUACUUGUACAAGAGAUUCUUUUGAACUUCUUGACGUUAUUGGUGCCAAGAACACUACAAUAUCAGGAUACAAUGUUGACCUGGGGCCAGAAGUCAAAGUCAGUGAUUUCAAGAGUCCGGCUAUUACUGAUGUUUAUUUGGCAGAAUUGUCCAAUUCCCUUUUAAACUUUACAAAUGAGGAGGAACUCAUGUUCAAAGAUGAGAUCGAUAAGUCAUACUAUGAUGGCCUGAGCUCACUUUUGAUGAGUUCUCCAAAGGAUGAUAUUGAAGAACACAUGAUUAAUCGAAUUGAGCCUGGGACAUCUAUGGCUCCACCUAUGUACCCUAUGGAUCCCUCUUGUAUAGGUCCUGCACUGGCAGAUGACAUAAGGGGGUCCCUCCCUGAUGAUGAUAUGAAUUGCCAUCCAGAGAUGCUGAUGCAAUCAUCUCCAACAGCUUCAAACUCUCAGUUUCCUGAAUAUAAAGAUGGAGUUAUCUGUUGCACGUUGAAUACUGAGGAAUGGGAAAUUCCAUGCAACGAUGAUGUGAUUUUUCACAAUCAUGUGCCAUUGUCAUCAACUCACUGUAAAGUAAAAGAAGACAGUGAGCCAAAGCCGAUAUGUGCAUCUGUUAAGGAUCUUACUGUUAAUCAAAGAAAGGGUGAUACUAGAAGAAAGGUCCCCAGCUUAAUGCCAAAAGAACAAAGGAAUCCUGGAAAAUCACACUGUAUACUAGAAGUGAGUUCAAAACAACCUCUGAGUGAUUUUGAGCCGUCCAAGACUAACCCGGUUGAUGUGGCUUCUACAAGUACAUGUCAUGUCAGUGGUAAUUGGGGUCAAAUUGACUCGGCUAAAGCAAUCACAAAUCCUCUUCCCGGAAUUAUGGAGGAAGACAGUACAUUGACAAACUGUCUUGGGUAUACCUCAACAGAGUCUCAUAUGGCUCACCCACAUCUUGAUUACGAUUGCGUUAGAAGCUAUCCUGAGCCAUAUGCUACUGAAACUGAUUGGGAACCUGAUGCAUCAGCUACAAUUAGAGAUCAUCCAUCAUUACUUGCAGAAGUUGCGCCUAUGGAUGAUGCUGUCUUAGAACCAGAAGUAAACCCAAUGACAUCAGAUUUUGAGGGUCUUUUAGAGAGUGAUGAUGAUAUACCAUGUUAUUCAGAUAUAGAGGCAAUGAUACUUGACAUGGAUUUGGAUCCAGAUGAUCAAGAAAUGUAUUCUGGUGAGGAAGUCUCAAGAUACCAGGAUGAGGACACUAAGAGAGCAAUCAUGAGACUGGAGCAGGGUGCUUAUUCGUAUAUGCAGAGAGCCAUUGCAUCUCACGGAGCAUUUGCCAUUUUGUAUGGCCGCCAUUCAAAGCAUUUUAUUAAGAAGCCUGAGGUGUUACUGGGUAGGACAACAAACGAUCUUAUUGUUGACAUUGACUUGGCAAGAGAAGGGAGUGGUAAUAAAGUCUCUCGGCAACAGGCAACAUUAAAGAUGGAAAAAGAUGGAUCCUUCUAUCUGAAAAAUCUUGGGAGUUGUUCAAUCUCAGUAAAUAGCACGGAAUUAACCCCAGGACAGAGUCUACGCCUUAGUUCCAGUUGCUUGAUUGAGAUACGCGGAAUGCCAUUCAUAUUUGAAGUGAACGAAAUUCGUGUGAAGCAGUAUCUAGAUAGCAUAACUCAAGCCUCAAGGUUAGCACAAGACAACAUCUGCGUAGGGCAAUGAAGUUGCCAUGAACGGUGAUGGGUGCAGAAGGCGCUAAUUUUUCUGCACCUUCUGGGUUCCCUAGUUAACCCAUUUUUUCCUUUCUCUGUUGUAUCACCUGUAUGUAA